AUGCGGAAUUACGAUAAUCGCUUGAAAAAAGAUUCCGUAUUGGAAGGAAAGUCCUUCAUGGAUGUGAAAAACAUGGGCUUGCUCCAAUGCGUCAAGACUUGUAUGGUCAGAAGUAGAUGCACCUCCUUCAACUUUGACAGCACGGAGAUGAGUUGCCAAUUAAACGAUGUCCUGGCCGUCAGUGAAAUCCUUAAGAAGAGAAAUGGAUCCUUCUACGGUGAAAUCAAAAACUGGCCUCAGGAACUUGCGAAAUCGUGCGCCAGUCACAAAUGCGGCUAUGAUGAGAUAUGUUCACCCUUGACGCACGGCACACCUAGAUGCGUCACAGACAUUCAGGCUGCAGAGAGGGAGGGAAAAAAGAAAAAAAAGCAGAGACGUAAUGGUUAUACGCGUGUUGGCAAAUUCUAUUACAAAUUCAACAACACGAGGGUUUCGUGUAGAACAGCGCUGAAAACAUGUAGCAAUGAUGGUGGGAAUUUGCUGCAGCUCAGCAGUCACGAAGAGCGUGUGGCCAUCACCAAAUUUCUUACCGGCUAUUUAGGAUGUGAUCUAGACCGACCCAGUGGAACUGAAUACCACGUACAGGAAGAGAAGGGAACCCGACCAAUGCCGUGCCAUAAUUAUUGCAAUAAGUAUCCGUUUGUUGCAGCGCAAGGAAAUCGUCAUUGUUUCUGCAUGAAGGAGAAACCGACUGUAUUGAACCUAGAAAUCGAGAGGUGCAAUUCUAAAUGCUACGGAAACCCACUGGUGCCAUGUGGUGAACAGAACGCAACGGCUUGGUUUAGCAUGGAGAGGAAGUUCCUGACAUCUCCUUGGCCAGUGGCAGCAUACAUCGGUCUAUUCGACACAGAGACACGGGGCAUUUGGACCUGGGAAACAGAAGGUCGAGCUAACUUCACCAACUUUUAUCCCUCCAUGAUUGCAAAGGACAGUCGUUGUGCGGUUCUUACAGAGAAAACUGGAUGGACAUGGAGAUCUGUCCCGUGCAAUGCGAGAUUUAACUUCAUAUGCGAGAGAACACUUUAGUUUAACUUUGGCAACAAUUAGUCUGCCACCAACACCCACCCACCCAAAAUCCAACAACAAAUUUGGGAGCUUAUACGCCUAUUUAGAAACCGAUCCUAAGAAUCGUUAAACAAACUUUGUACUAUGAUUAAAGUUACUUAUAAAGUUGUUUAUUGUGUUUUAUUGUAGCCUAUUCAUCUGUCGAUCUGAUAAUCUGUGUUACUUGUAUUAAAAUCUUCUGUAAA